CAACAUAUAUCCAAAUGGAACUUUCCUUUAGACAAAUUAAUUUGUACCUUAUAGUUGUUACAAUUAUUAUUCCAUUUCCGUACCACAAUAGGAUACUUCAUUUUUCCUUCCUUAUCUUCAAAUCUAAGAUCUACUUAGUAUAAACAAAUUCUUGGUUUUUCAUUUUUUUUAUUACUAUAUAAACUCAUUCAACCACACCCUACAAGCUAUAUACCAUAAUUAUCAUCAACUUUAAUUUCUAGUCCUCUAAAAUAUUUCUAAGUGCAAACCUUUAAUUUCUUGAAAUAUUCAAGAUGGGCCCACUUGAUUUUGAUGCACUUAAAGACAUGCAAAAUUCAGCAAAUGAUCUUCUUCACUCUCCAAUUGUGCAACAAUCACUUGUAAAUCAAAGAGAAGAAAAAUGGGUCAAUGAUGUUUCGGAAUCAUCAUUAAGAAUAUUGGAAGUGUGUGGUAUUUCAAAAGAUGUUCUUUUGUUUGUGAAAGAACACCUUCAAGAACUUCAAUUUACUUUGCGUAGAGCAAGCAUUGGGGAGCCAGGAAUUGAAGAGAAAAUCACUUCUCACAAUAUUUAUAGGAAGAAAUUAAAAAAAGAGACUUUGAAGUGUUUGAAAUGGUUGAAGGGUGUGAAUAGUAAAAAAUUGAAUUUGCACCCCCCAAUGAAAGAACAAAAACUAAAAUUAGUUGUUGAUGUGUUGAGUGAAGUAAGGAUGACAAGUGUUUCAAUUGUGGAAUCAUUGUUGUCUUUAAUUUCAACACCUUGGUUGGAUUCAAAACCAAGUGGCAAAAGAUCUUUUGCAUCAAAGCUUGUUGGUGUGAGUUUGCAUAAUUGUGAUGAUGUGCUUGAUGCCAUGAUGGUUCAAAGUGCAAAGAAAAGGUUGGCAGGGGUGCAAAUAGCAAUUGAAGAUCUUGAGGUUGAGUUGGAGUGUAUGUUUAGACGUUUGAUCCAUACAAGGGCUUUGCUUCUUAACAUACUUACCAAUUGUGAGUUUUAGUGAUAAUAACUCAACACCAAUUAACUAGCUGGCUAGCUCAAAAAAUCUUUAGAUACAACAGUUUAAUUUGUUAUCUUAAUUAAUCUUAUUCAUUACUUAUAUUUUAACCAUUAAUUCCCUUUAUUCUUUAAUUUUUUUUCUUCAAAUAAGUACAUUGUAAAUCUGAUAUAAUUAUAAUUAAUGUUAACACUCUCUACUCCAUGUAUCUCAUUAAGAUUUUUAA